CCUGCCUAUUUUCCUCGAAAGUACGUAUUUUCGCGAUUCUAACACGAUACGAUAUUACAGAAAACAAGUUAGUUAUCUCACAUCUCGAAAAAAAUAUUUGUAAUGUUGUACUUCUUUGUUCACGAAAUUCAUGCUAAUGUUGGGUUAUCGCGCUAGCACGCAAUUGACUCCCAUUGUCUCCUUGAAGGAAAACUCAAGCUUGCCCCCCAGAGUGCACCGCGUAGCCCAUUGAGGAUGCAGGGGAACGCGCACACAGUGUGGCGUUGAUAGGAUUCCCAUCUCCUCUAACGGAUCUCUGCUAGUGGACGCGUAUUCGGGAAUUCAUCGGUAGCUGCGUUGUAAAUUCACGUCCCUAUAUUAUGAGCGUUUAGCUAGCUAGUAAUCUGUAUUUACCGUUCGCUUUUAAAAGCUCCUUCUGUGAAUAAAAAAAUAUAUAUUUUGUCAUUAUGGAUGUUUGGAGAACGUUUCGUCCGUCCCACAGCCUGUUUUGGUCCGCUUUCGUGGCGUAAAAGUUGUUCGUGUUAUUGUAGCCAGCUCCGAAAGGUUCGGUGGCUUUCCCAGACAAAUCUCAGCCUUUCCUUUUGACUCUUGGACGGCAGGAGGGGAGCAGUUUAUUCCUGGGACUCGGCCUAUAGUCUAGUAACGUAUCUCACCAAUCUCCAAGGCCUCCAAAAUGUCGAUUUUAGGAUUAAAAAAGAAACAACCAAAGACUUUUAAGGUCAAAGUCAUCACUAUGGAUGCUGAAAUGGAGUUUAGCUGUGAGGUGAAAUGGAAAGGGAAGGAUCUGUUUGAUCUGGUGUGUCGGACAGUGGGUCUGAGGGAAACCUGGUUCUUUGGGCUCCGGUACACAGUGAAGGACACCUAUGCAUGGCUGAAGACAGAGAAACGGGUCUUGGAUCAAGAGGUCCCUAAAGACUCACCGAUAACAUUUCACUUCCUGGCCAAGUUCUUCCCAGAGAAGGUAGAAGAGGAGCUGGUGCAGGAAAUCACACAACACCUCUUCUUUCUGCAGGUGAAAAAGCAAAUAUUAGACGAGGAAAUUUUCUGUUCUCCUGAAGCCUCUGUCCUGUUGGCGUCGUACGCUGUUCAAGCCAAGUAUGGGGACUAUGAACCAAACUUUCACAAGCCGGGGUUCUUAGCCCAGGAUGAGCUCCUACCUAAAAGAGUUCUGAUGCAGUACCAGAUGACUGCAGACAUGUGGGAGGAGAAGAUCACAGCCUGGUACGCAGAGCACAGAGGCAUCGCCAGGGAUGAGGCUGAGAUGGACUACUUGAAGAUAGCUCAGGACCUGGACAUGUAUGGAGUCAGCUACUUUGCCAUCACUCAAAAUAAACGAGACACAGACCUGCUACUGGGUGUCGAUGCCCAGGGCCUUCAUAUUUACAGCCCCAACAGCAAACUGAACCCCAACAAGUCUUUCCCCUGGAGCGGCAUCCGCAACAUCUCCUACAGCGAGAAGGAGGUAACCACGUUCACAAUAAAACCUCUGGACAAGAAGAAGGAUGUUUUCAAAUUCUACUCCUCCCAACUGAGAGUCAACAAACUGAUCCUGCAGCUGUGCAUUGGGAACCAUGACCUGUUCAUGAGGAGGAGGAAGGUAGACUCCAUCGAGGUUCAGCAGAUGAAGUCUCAGGCCAAGGAGGAGAAGGCUCGCAAGAAGGUGGAGCGUCAGAUCCUUGCACGGGAGAAGCAAAUGAGGGAGGAGGCAGAGCGAGCGAAGGAGGAGAUGGAGAGACGGCUGUUCCAGCUGCAGGACGAGGCACGGCUGGCCAAUGAGGCGCUGCUGCGUUCAGAGGAGACCGCAGAUCUGCUGGCGGAGAAGGCCCAGAUCGCCGAGGAGGAAGCCAAGCUGUUGGCCCACAAGGCUGCCGAGGCGGAGCAGGAGAGACAGAGGAUAGAGGCUACCGCCCUCAAGACCAAGGAGGAGAAGAGACUGAUGGAGCAGAAGAUGAGAGAGGCAGAGCAGCUGGCCGUCAAACUGGUGGAGCAGUCAGAGAGGAGGUCGAAGGAGGCAGACCAUCUGAAGCAGGACCUUACGGAGGCCAAGGAUGCUGAGAGGAGAGCCAAGCAGAAACUCCUGGAGAUCACCAAGACAUCUUUUCCGCUCAUAGCGGCCUACUCCACCCCCCCUCCUCCCCCAGAGGGAGGAGACCUAGCUCUGGGAUCCGGAUCAAUGCGCAUCGACUUUAAAGACUCUGAUAUGAAGAGACUGUCAAUGGAGAUAGAAAGGGAGAGACUAGAGUACGUGGAGAAGAGUAAACACCUGCAGGACCAGCUGAAGGAGCUGAAGUCUGAGAUUGAGUCUCUGAAGUUGGAGGAGCAGCAACAGCAGGCUGGGGUCUACAGCCUCCGCAACGAGGCCCGCGGCUACCCCCCUGAACCACCCUACAUGCCCCAUAGUAAUAGAAACUCUGCCUACAUGGCUCAGAUGGCUUUUUUUGAGGAAGUGUGAUCCAACUGCCAUUGGAUGAAACGGGGGGUAGGCUAAAUGCCAUUGGAAGACACGCAGGGAGGCGGGACAUUGGUUGUGACUCUUGUUCCUUAAUACCAAGAUAUGCCUACUUCAUCUAUCUAUGUUUUGUGCCUGACAAAAGGAGCACACUGACACACACACACACUCCCAGUGACACUCCAGAAAGGACUGUGCUUUGGAAAGAUUUGUAUUCCUCAGAUGACACACACCACAACACUACAAGUUCUCCGUUCUGUUUUAUUUGAUGCAGCCCUAGCUAGUCACACUGCCUGUGGGCGUAUAUUAUCACAGACGGUGCUGUGUGCAUGUUCUGCGGAUGUAUUUUACUUCAAUGUUUGGUUUUUAAAGGGAUGCCUGGUAGAGUGUGAUAGAGAUUUGACUGAGGUAGUUUAUCCUAUAUGACUGACUCUACACUACAGUGUGCCUUUAGGAGAAUAUACUCUUGCAGCGACCAGGAUCAUGUCUGUCAAGCUACCAGGCUUCAGGUGUGAUACCUUGCCUUCGCUGAAUAAUGUCUUACUUUACUCGUCGUUUUGUUGUAGCAUGGUCGAACUGAUCGUCUCCAGAGCAACAUGUGUCCUGCAUCACAUUAUGCCUCCUAACCAUUGUCAAUUCAAACUGUCAUUUCAACAGUUUUAUGUUUUUAGUAUUUUAGACUGUUGACGUGCCUUUAACUUUGCUUUUGAAAACGUUUUCUUCACGUUACGAACAUUAAAUAUGCAAUCCCUCGUUCACUAGUUCCUGUUAUGGAGCAUCCCAAAAGGCACCCUACUCCCUAUUUAGUGCACUGCCUUUGACCAGUGCCCUAUUUAGUUCAUUUAUGGUGACAUUUGGGACAAUGACCUGCCUGGAUUGUCAAACUCCUCUGGGGUGGGUUUAGCUCCAACACCUCUGGGGUGGGUUUAGCUCCAACACCUCUGGGGUGGGUUUAGCUCCAACACCUCUGGGGUGGGUUUAGCUCCAACACCUCUGGGGUGGGUUUAGCAGGCAGACAAGCCCACUUCUCUUCUGAUUUCUACGACAUCUUGUUAGUGCUUAGCUCAGAGGAAGGUUCCAUCUAGAAAAGUAGGGAAGACAUUCUGUAUAUGGAGGAGGAGAAGAGGGAGACAGAAGGUGGUUUGUGCUUGUGAAGGAAGUAGAUUUGAGAUGUAAUAACUCAUGGUUAAGGGUUGGGGUCAAUUCCAUUUCACAGAAAUGAUCUGAAAAUAACAGACUAUAAUAAGAUUAUAAUGCCUAUUUGCUGAGUUGAAAUGGUCUGGACCCAACCUUUGUUGUGUUUUUAGAAUGGGAACCAUGUCUGAAAUGGUCAGAUAUCCUAACUAACAGAACACUGCUUGGCAGAUUAUGCAACAUUUUCAAGGUUGGGGGUUGGUUUGGCAAUUUUGUGGGUGCAGACACCUGCACGUACAGAGACACACAGCCAUGUAUUCAAACCAUGUGUCAAUAUCACAUUUAAACCCUACAUUUUAUUAGUCAUUUUUAUUGUAACAUAAAUAAAUUAUUGUUAGAUCUGUUUUACAGAAGUUUCCUCUAACCGAUGUCAGGUUUGAAUCGAAACGGAGUUGUUUUGGAUGGCAGGAUAUCACACACGCACUCUCAGCAUAACUGUUGUGUACAUGUGUUUUUCAUUUCUGAUGGUUAUACCUAUGUAUGUGUGUAGAAUAGUGUUGUUGGGUUUUAUAAUGUUAACUCCUUUUGUUGUUUAUCUUACUGUUGUUGGCUUUUUCCAUCCUCUCCCCCAUAUCCUCCUUUCCCUCUCUCGCACUCCUCCUCUUUCAUGUGUUCAUCGGCUUUAAAGGGCUUAAGUGUCACGUCAGUUUGUUUUUAACUGUUUGUUUUAAUAGAUGACCUCAACUGUUUCAUAUCUAUAGGUUUACUGUAAUCACCCAAAUCUGUCCCAAGUGGCACCCUAUUCCCUAUAUAGGCCACUACGUUUGACCCGGGCCAGCAUCAGGCUCGGGUCAAAAGUAGUGUUCUAUACAAGGGGGAAUAGAGUGCCAUUUGGGACACAGACACUAUAUGGCUGUCUCUCAACACUCUGUCGUUGCCUCCUUUCCUUUUUAGAGUGCGGCAAGUAACUUUGCGGUUAGUUAGGCCAGUAAACGGCCGAAGAGGUCGCUGAUUCGAGUACCUGAGCCGACAAGGUGAAACAUUUGUCGAUGUGCCCUUGAGCUCCAGGGGCGCCGUACUACUAUGGCUGACCUUGUAAAACACUACACUGGACUGUGUUUUUCUUCUUCACAACCUUGAUUCCGUUCCUUCAUUGCCGCUAGUCAAUUUAUAGAGGUGUAGAGGUUUCCCUCCGUGUAGAGGUUUCCCUCCGUGUAGAGGUUUCCCUCCGUGUAGAGGUUUCCCUCCGUGUAGAGGUUUCCCUCCGUGUAGAGGCGUGUAGCGGUUCCCUCCGUGUAGCCCUCCGUGUAGCGGUCACCUAUCAUGCCCUGCCAGAUCAGUGGCCAUAGAGGAAAGGACACAAGGGAAGGAAGCUAGUUAACACUAUUAAGACACAGCCAGGUAGAGACAUGCCAAACAAAAGCGAGUCACAAUGUCUGAUUUCCGAGAUGAAGUGUUUUGAGUGCUGUUUUUUUUUUUUGUCAUAAGAGAAUCAAUGCUGUCAAAGGGCUAUGGCUGUUGCUUAUUAAAACAAAUAUACAUUA